AUGCCGAAACACAUCGAGACGGAACCACCCGUUGUGAUUUGGUCGAGAGAUCCAUCAGUCAGAUCGGUUAGAAGUGGAAACCGUGUAUUGACUGGUCAGUACUUGAUAGAUGAAACGGACACACUAUGCGUAAUGCCGUCAGCCGUGAGAUUACUAUGUGCUGUUCUAACAUUCUUACUAAUAGCUUCGGUUACUGCUGCCGUUAUAAAUAGUUUACAAGGUAAUACCAGUGGAUCAGCGAGUUAUUGUAAGGAAGCCCACGAAGCAUUCUCUCCCAAUGUUCUUUGUCCACGAGAAUCAAUGUUUUUUUAUUACAAAUGUUGUGAUGUGUCAGAGACGGAAAAGAAUAAAUGUUGCGCACAUGUCCGAAUAUGGCUAUUAUUUGCCAUCAUCUGUGUAUUAUUAUCGUGUGUAAUAGCUAUAACAUAUCUCAUAAUACGUUAUUGCAUACGAUGUAGUCAACGGAAACCCUAUGCAACAGAAAUUUGA